UGCAUAACCUACUUCAGUUCACAUAAUUCCUUUACGAUUUUAUCUGUAUUAAAAUUUAUGAACCCCUUUCCUUUUGUUAGUAUUGAUAAUUUAAAUUAUUUUUAUUUUGUUUAAUUAUGCAGAUACGAAGGAAAGUUAAUAAUAUUAGUUGUUGCAACAGUUUGGAGUAAAUUGAACGACAAGACAUCCUCAAUUUCUUCUGAGAACCUAGUCGGAAUCGAAUCUCAUAUGGAAAAUAUGUUAAGUCUAUUAAACAUUGAAUCUGAUGGUAGAAAAAUUGUGGGGAUCAGUGGCCUUGGAGGCAUUGGCAAGACAACGGUUGCCAAAGCCUUGUAUGAUAGAAUAUUUCUUCACUUUCAAGGACGGAGCUUUAUUAAAAAUGUCCGAGAAACUGCUCAACGUCAUAAUGGACUUACCAGUCUACAAAAUCAGCUUUGUCAUGAUAUCCUAAAAUGGAAAAGACAAAACAAUGAGGAGGUUGAUCAUCAACGACUUGAUGGGAUGAAAAGAUUGAUUCAAAAUAGUAAGGUUCUUAUUGUUCUUGAUGAUGUGGAUCAAAACAUUCAAGUAGAUACAUUACUUGGGGACCGUAGGUGGUUGGGUAGUGGAAGUAGGAUCAUUAUCACAACCAGAGAUAAGGCUAUCUUAAUUACUCAAGAAGUAGAUGGGAUUUAUGAGCCUAAAGAAAUGGACUCAUAUCAAUCUCUUCAACUUUUUAGCCUUCAUGCUUUUAGAAAGGUCCAACCUCCGAAAGAAUAUCUAGAACUCUCAAAAGCUAUGGUGGAAACUGCUGGAGGACUACCCUUGGCUCUCCAAGUUGUAGGUUCAUCUUUAUUUUGUUUGGGAAAAUCAAUAUGGGAAGGCACAUUGGAGAAGUUGCAAGAUAUUCCUAAUAAAGAGGUCAUGCAAAGAUUAAGAAUAAGUUAUGAUGGAUUAAAUAGAGAGGAGGGACAAAUAUUUCUUGAUACUGCUUGUUUUUUCAUCGGAAUGCACAAGGAUGUUGCAUGUCACAUAUGGGAAGGGUGUAAAUUUUAUCCUAAAGUAGGACUUGAAAUUCUUGUUCUAAGGUCUCUGAUAACAAUUAGUGAAGAUGGUUUUUUGAAUAUGCACGAUCAGCUCAGGGAUCUUGGAAGGGAAAUUGUUCGUCAAGAAAAUUUUGAUGAGCCAUGGAAGCGUAGUAGGAUAUGGUCUCAAGAGGAAGCAUUGGAUGUAUUAAAAACAAAUGUGGGAAAAGGAAAAGUUGAAGGACUCAAUAUUGACUUCAAAGAUAUAUCAAGGAGCCGAUGUCUGGAGAAUGAAGGGUUUGCUGAAAUGAACAAAUUAAGGUUACUUCGAGUUGAUGAUGCAAUAUUUGCUAAAAACUUCACGCAUCCAUUUUCACAACUGAAAUGGCUUAGUUGGAUGGGAAGCCCUAUGCAAUUUACACUAAGAAAUUUUGAUCCAAGGAAACUGGUUGUCCUUAAUCUGUCAUACAGUAAGAUUACAGAAGACUGGUUGGGUUGGAAACACAUCAAGGUGGCAGAAAAUCUAAAAGUUCUAGAUCUCACAUCGUGUGAACAAUUAUCAAGAACACCUGACCUUUCAGAAAAUCGACUCUUGGAGAUAUUGAUUCUUGCAGACUGUUAUGGUUUGAUCCACAUUGAUGAAUCCGUCAGUCUUCUGAAGAAGUUAAGAGUUUUGGAUACUUCUGGAUGCGUUUGGAUUGAAUCAUCCCCAAUGGUUUAUCUUUCAAACCUGACAAAUUUAGAGAUAUUCAGCUUUAAAACCAGUGGGACUCUGGAGGAGGUGUCAAGUUUUAUUGAGAAAUUUACGAAAGUGAGAGCUUUGAAGUUUUGCUGUCAUAGUUUCAGCGACCUACCAGCUGCUAUUAGUGUUCUUACUUGUGUUGAGUCUCUCAGUUUACAAUGUCUAGAACUUCGGUGCAUCUCAAUUCUUCCCUCAAGUUUAAACAGCCUAAGGAUUACCAAAUGCCAUAAUCUAACCGAGAUUCCAGGUGUCAAUGAAUUGGGAUCGUUGAAAACCUUGGAAGUUGAACAGUGCUGUUCUUUGGAGAGAUUACCAUAUCUAUCAAAUUGUAAAAAAUUGAAGCACCUGAGAGUUUUAGGCUGCGAGAGCCUAAUCGAGAUUCCACGAGUGGACAACUUGGAUUCCUUGGAAGAAUUAAUUAUUAGUGAAUGCACAUGGUUGGGAACAUUACCAGAUUUGUCAAAUUUGAAAAAAUUGAAGACCUUAAUCGCUUAUUGCUGCUUUAUUUUAUCAGAGAUUCCAGGUCUCAAUGGAUUGGAGGAAUCCUUGGAACAAUUGGAUAUUAGUUGGUGCCAGUCUUUGGUCAGAUUACCAGAUUUGUCAAAAUUUAAGAAGUUGAAGAAGCUGAAGGCUAUACUUGAUGAGGAACAUAACAAGAUUCUAGGCAUCCACGGAUUGAAAUGCUUGGAAGAAGAACGCCAUUCUGCAGAGACAUUACUAAAAGAAGCUUUAUUCUUCAAAACAUUUAGAAGAAGGUAUAAACGCAUUCUGGACCUAGUAGAGUCGAAUAGGGAACAGAGAAAGGAGGGGUGGUGGCGAAGUCUCUGCCGUCAGUUCGGAGAAUCCAUUAAAUAAACUACCAGCUUUUACAGGAAACAGAGCCAUAGUGAAGAAGCAAUACCAUACAAAAGAUUGAGAUGCUUCCACCGGAGACACACUGGGCCUAGAUUGAACAAAAGAUUAACAAUGCUUGACGGAACCGCAGUUCAUACCCCCUUUUUUUCUGUUUAGACCGCAGUUCUUCCUACUUUGUUUCGUGGGAUCCAUGUAGUCAAUCCCAUUAAGUUGGGAUAAGGCUUAGUUUUUUGUUGUUAUUGUUGUUGUAUUAGUUCUGUAGAUUUUGGGCUGUUUUGCUCCUAAACAAUUCUUCCAUUUCCA